AUGAUACUGAGUGACAACAAACCAGCUGCAGAAGAAUGCUUAUGGAUAAAAGGCUUCCCGAGUUCUGCGUGGGCCUCACGGGCUUCCCUCUCACGUGGCGUCCUCACAGGUCCACAUUUGGCUCCACCCACGCCGUCACGCAACUGGCAUCUGAUUGAGAAAGACUCUGCAGCUUUCCGCCGCUUGGGCGCCUUGUCCGGAGCUGCGGCCUUAGGCUUGGCCUCCUACGGGGCGCACGGUGCCCAAUUCCCAGAUGCCUACGGGAAGGAGCUGUUUGAUAAGGCCAACAAACACCACUUCUUACACAGCCUGGCCCUGUUAGGGGUGCCCCAUUGCAGAAAGCCACUCUGGGCCGGGUUAUUGCUAGCUUCCGGAACGACCUUAUUCUGCACCAGCUUUUACUACCAGGCUCUGAGUGGAGACCCCAGCAUCCAGACUUUGGCCCCUGCAGGAGGGACCCUGCUACUCUUGGGCUGGCUUGCCUUGGUUCUUUGAGCUCCCUUUUGCUUAACUACUGGGUUUUCUGGGCAGUUUUUUUUAAAAGAGUUGGAGUAAGAAGAGGAUUAAAAAGGAAAGGCAAAUUAAAAAAAAAAAAAAAGAAAA